GGCGCCUCCCCGCCCAGAGGAGCUCAGUCGGGCAGGGAGCCGGGUGACUUCAGAGGCGCCUGCCUGUCCCCCGCCGCACCUGAGCCACCGCGAUGCUAUAGGACCGCCGCCUGGACCGUUAUCCGCCCGCGCCCGCCCGCAGCCACCAUGCCGCGCUCCUUCCUGGUCAAGAAACAUUUCAACGCCUCCAAGAAGCCCAACUACAGCGAACUGGACACACACACAGUUAUUAUUUCCCCAUAUCUCUAUGAAAGUUACCCUAUGCCUGUCAUACCAAAACCAGAGAUCCUCACCUCGGGAGCAUACAGCCCUAUUACUGUAUGGACAUCAUCGGCAGCUCCAUUCCACUCUCCUCUACCCAGUGGCCUUUCUCCUCUUACUGGAUACUCCUCAUCCUUGGGGCGUGUAAGUCCCCCUCCUUCCUCUGACACUUCAUCCAAGGAUCACAGUGGUUCAGAAAGUCCCAUUAGUGACGAAGAGGAGAGACUGCAGCCAAAGCUUUCAGACCCCCAUGCCAUCGAAGCUGAGAAGUUUCAGUGCAAUUUAUGCAAUAAGACCUAUUCUACUUUCUCUGGGCUGGCCAAACACAAGCAGCUGCACUGUGAUGCCCAGUCUAGGAAAUCGUUCAGCUGCAAAUACUGUGACAAGGAAUAUGUGAGCCUGGGUGCCCUGAAGAUGCACAUUCGAACCCACACAUUGCCUUGUGUCUGCAAGAUCUGUGGCAAGGCUUUCUCCAGACCCUGGCUGCUUCAAGGACACAUUAGAACUCACACUGGGGAAAAGCCUUUCUCUUGCCCUCACUGCAAUAGGGCUUUUGCAGACAGAUCAAACCUGAGGGCACAUCUGCAGACCCACUCUGAUGUAAAGAAAUACCAGUGCAAAAACUGCUCCAAAACCUUCUCCAGAAUGUCGCUUCUGCAUAAACAUGAGGAGUCUGGCUGCUGUGUGGCACACUGAGUGGCGCAACCAGUGUUUACUCAAACAGAAUGCAUUUCUUCACUCCAAUGACAAAUGACAAAUGAAAGUCCAAAGACAUUUUCUCAUGUGCUUACCAACCAAAUAGUAUGUAUAAAACCACAAAAGAGUCACACACACACACACACACACACACACACACACAGAUAGACAGACAGACAGACACACACACACUACAGAACAGAAUCUAUGUACUUAAAGAAUUCCUUCUAUGUGAAGUUUAAAAUUAUAUUUACUGACAGCUAGAUUGAAAGGAUAAAAGAUAAGAAUCUUUCUCUUUAAAGAUGAAGUGAAAAGCACAUUGCAUCUUUUCUUACUAAGAAAGAAUACAGAGAUUUACACUGCUGCCAAACCAUUUCAACCAAAGGAACAGUAUUUCUUCUUAAUAGAAUUGUAAUAGUGUUUCCAAGAGGAAGAGAGUCUGCCAGACACUAUCUCAGGUGCCUUAUAAAGUACUCCAAGUUUACUUCCUUAAAUGUAUGAUGCCUGGUUGUCAUCAGUGAAUGACAGCCUUUUCUGAAUUACCUACAAUGUCUUAAAACUAUAUUGUUAAGAGAAAAAAAAAAACCAAAAACAAGAAAAAGAACAGAACACAAGAGAAUGUAUUAAAGUAUUCUUGUUUUGUUUUAUUUUUGCCAUGUGUGCCUUGGAAGAGGAGUGAAAGACAAACUUCAAACAUUCCUGGUGCGUGUCCCAUGUCUUUCUUUUUAAAAAAGAAUAUUAAUGUUUUAUAAUACAAAGUAAUGAAAAUAUGCAAAAGAAUUUCUUAGACAUUCAGUAAUGUACUUAGACUUUUAAAAAUUCAUGUGAUGGAUGCAGUAAUACAAUGCCCCUCCAAGUGCCUGUCUUAAUGACUUGUGUAGUUGAUGAACUGAUGUAAAUUUGUGUUUAUUUUUAUACAACUGAAUGAACUCUGUAUGAAAGUGAGGUACGGUUAAUAGCCACGCCUAUAUUCAACCAGAAUACUUGUGAAAUCAAUGUCCUUUUUAAAAAAGUAACUUUCAAGGUCUCUUUUUUUUACAAUAAACAUUUUUGACUAAAAAGUAGUUACUCAUAUACUAUUUUCAAAACUUUAUUGCUUUAAUAUUAAAUACUAUGCUCACAUUUAUUUCUUGCUUUAACAAGAGAAAACAUAAAAGGUAUUUUUAAGCAUAUAAAGAAUCAAUUUAUGUUACAUUAUAAGAAAUUGCCUUUUAUAAAGUCACUAUCACAUUCAAGAGAUCAUGAUGGUAACUUUGUGCAAGUUAUAACAAACACCAUAUUUGAGGGGUAAGAAACAGUCAUGUUAAUCGUCAAAAACUUUUCAAAACAUUUUUAAUGUUAACUUUACUUUGUAAAAACAAGUUAUAGUCAUUUUAUUUUUAUAUGUCAUUGAAAUAGUUCAAGAGUUUUAAAAAUCUAAUUUAAUAAGUGAGGAAAACAUGAAAAGUCUGAAUGAAGGAAAUAGAAUUAUCAUAAAUAAUGCACAUUGGAAAAUUAAGCCUUGUGAACAAAACCCCACAGGUUUGUUUGUGUGUGUGUGUGUGUGUGUGUGUGUGUGUGUGUGUAUACAUGGCCUUUGGGUUAAACUAGAAAUCUAAAGUGUCCUUUUAGGGUAACUGAUCAAAUUGAGCAAGCUUCCACCCAACCCCAGGAUGUGCCUCAUAAAAUAUUUUCUAAUCAUACAUUCCAUAUUCAAGCUAAUGUUCUCUAAGUCAGUAUGUGAGUUUCCUAACCUUAGCUUUGCUAGGUACCAGAGCAUAUAUAUGAACCCUAUCUUGCAGCCUGUAGUGAAAGUAAUUCUCAUUGCUAUUAACUGACAAUUUCGGAGUUGUAAAAUCUUAUUUUUCUUUUAAUAUUUUUGUUAUAUAGGGAAAAGCUGGCAUUAAUAUCUCAAAAGAUACUAGUAAUAGAGCGCUAACAUGGAACUAUAAUAAAUGCUAAGCUGGGGCUUUCCUCACUGAGUAUUUUUCAUUUAUGUUUAAUCCUUGCAUAAAAUAACUGUGUAUUUGAUGAAAAAUGCCAGUUGAUAAUGGCACUUUUUAAUUGUUUGGAUAUCUCAGGCCAUAAUUCUCAAAGGCAAAAUUAUCUGGCACAACAGUUUAUGGGAAUAAAGCAAUAGGCUAUAUCCCUUCGCUGGAGCAUUAUAAAGUAACUUUAGAAUGCCAACUGAAUUAUGUAUACUUGGGACAGAAAUAGUGCAGUAGUAUUCUGAGAGCCUCCAGACUAGCUAAUCCAAGGACUAUCUUGCAAAAAGGAACUAUGAAUCACGCCUAUGCUACAGCUCUUGGGGCUAUCUCAGUUUCAGGAGCUAUAUCUACCCCAAUUUUCAUCUCUCACAGGUUAGCUACAGGCAAACAGUUCUUGGUGUCAAAAUUAAAGCAGCUGACUUCUAAAGGAAAAUAUUUGUUUAUUACUUUAAUUCCUCAGUGAAAGAAAAAAUAUUUUUUUGCAAUAUGUUCCCACUUUUGUUAGUUAAUUCUUAACUAAAAUAUUGCGGUUUUAGAAAAUAUCAUGGCUCUGAAGGAACAGUAGAUGUCAAAAUAAUAUUUAAAUACACCAGAAUUUAUACCUAUUAUGACUUUGAUUGUGCAUAUUCUUCUAAGAUCCACAAAGCUUCUGAAAUGUUCUGUUCUGUUCUACUCAUUCAGGGGACUCACUGAAUCAAAAACUUGCUGUACAUAUUUCUUUUUCACUACAUGGGCCAUUUUUUGCAUGAAAUCUCUCAGAACUCUACACAGCAUUAGCAACAUCUUUUAAUAAUAGUAUAUGAAUUAGUUGAAGAAGCCAACAGAAGUAAAGUUCAUAGAGUCAAAUGAAAUUCAGUAUAUUUUCUCAUUACUGAAGAGUUAUGUUUACUUUCAAGAAAAUCCUUGCCUUCAUUUACUUUAUAUUCUUACUGCAAAUUUGGAAUUACACUGUACCUUGGUUUCCUAAAGCACAAAAUAUUAACAGAGACUCCAUACCACAAAUUAAAAACUGAAGAUCCCUGGCACUAAUGUUUCUACCAGAAUCUUACUGCUGUUAUUUAAUCUUUACUAUGCGUGUAUUACUAUGAAUCUAGUACAUAUUGAUGCUGUAUAGUACAUACACUUGUGCAUAUGAUUUUCCAUAGUAACAACACAAGAGUAUUGCUAUUUCACCAACAUAGGUAUACUCCUAGGUAUACAUAGGUAUACAUUUUCAAUACUCCAUUGAAAAUGGUGCCAAGGUAGUAAAGAGGAUAAGGUACAGAACACAAACCCAUACCUAGAUUUUUCAGCCUCUGAUUAUCUAUAUUUUCCACACUUUGAAAAUGAGGAAACUUGUUCACCUACACUUAGCAUAUAUACAUUAUCUAUACAUUAUGGGUCUGAGGUAGAACUUUGAUAAGGAAGACAAUAAUAUUGUCCUGAAAUACAAUGUUUUAAUGCUAUAUUUAGGGGCUAUCAUAAUUCAAGAAUUACACUAU